AUGUGCACCAAGUUCGAAAUACCCGUCGAGUUAUCAGGACGAACAUUGUGUUCUACAACACGUGAUGUCUAUGGAACCUAUCAUGCCUCACUAUUCAAUUGCUCAUGUUCUACAAAUGCACUAAUAUCACCAACAGUCACAAAUGAGAGUGCUUGUAUCUCGGAAAGUAUUGCAACUAAAGUUCUCUUCAACUUGUUCAUUUUCACCAUGGGAUGUGUUUUUGCGAUCGUUUCUCAUUUGAUUUAUCGAUGUGGUAAACAUGGUUACACUGAAUAUACAAACUAUCAACGUUACAAACGUCGCCAAAAUGAUCAGCUCAUCGACGUAGAAGACAACCAAUCACAACAAGAAAAGACUCCCGAAAACAUUAUUCUGUAG